ACCCUCAAUGGCUGAAUCGAUGGAAGCCAAAGACCAUGUCCCAUGUCGGAGGCCAUGCAGAAAAGGAGAUAAUGGUCACGUCUGCACCUGUGUCAAUGAGACCUCGAAGCUGGAUCUGAGCUGGAGGAACUGAAGCAGGAGGUGUCCAGCCUCAAAGCCGAAGUGGAGGAGAAGCAGCAGCUGGAGAGCCAUGUCACCAGCCUGCAGAGCUUCCUUUCGGAGAGCCACCAGGCCCGAGAGAGGCUGAAGUGAGACCUGCAGGGACAGGCUGCUGAGGGCCAGGCUGAGCAGCUGGUUGCCCUCAGUGCCAGCACGAGAAGACCCUGUGGGAAAGGGACUCUGCCCUGCAGCAGCUCCAGCAGGCCAACGCAUCCCUGAGCAGCCAGCUGCAGGCUGUGAAUGAGGAGAAGGCUGCACUAAGCCGCAAGAUCGGCGAACUGGAAGCCCAGAUCCUGGAGCUGGGUGCCCAACGGCAGCAGGGAAUGGCAGCAGAGGCACUGAAAGCCCAGCUGCAGGAGCUGGAGGGCAGGCUAAAGGAGAGCCAGCAGAAGCUGGCCGAGAGGGAGAAGCUGGCCCGGGAGAACAGCCUCCUGCAGGAGCAGCUGCUCUUCCUGGAGGAAUCCCUGCAGAACACUGAGGGUAUACUGGAGGAUGAGAAGAGACGGGCAGCUGAGUGCCUGGAGGGCAACCUGGCCAGGAUCGCUGAGCUGGAGGCAGAGAGACAGCAGCUGGUUCAGGACCGGGAACCAGCUCUGCCGAAGCGGAGUGAGGAGCUGGCCACACGCCAGGUGCUGGGGGAGAGCCGAGAGCAGCCCAUGGGAGCCUCUCCUGCUGCCCGAGGGGAGGAUGAAGAGUGCAAGCGGCUGAAGGAGGAAAUACAGGCGCUGCAGGAACAGCUGCAGGCUGAGCAGGAGAAGGUGGCUGUGCUGGAGGCCCAGGCAGAGCGACUGGCUGGCCUCCAGGCUGACCCGUCCAGCGCUCAGUCAUGGGCAAAGGAGAAGGAGAGCGAGGAGCAGAAGCUGAGGGCCGAGAUUUCCUCCCUGCAGGAGAAGAUGGCUGCAGCAGAGCAAACGGCAGCCCAGCGUGUGGCCAAGCUGGAGGCAGAUGCCCAGAGAGCUGCUGAGGCACUGGAGGGAGUCUCCCAGCAGCUCUCCCAGGAGAAGCUCAAAUCCAAGGAGCUGGAAGGCACCAUGGAUCAGCUGCGGGCAGCAGAGAAAGAGCUGGUGUCCCUCCGCUCUGCCAUGCAGGAGAAAGAGAGCUGGAAGGAGCAAGUGUCCCAGUGUGUCCAGGAGAUGGAGAGGAAGAACAGUCUGAUCAGCAGCCUGGAGCAUGAGGUCUCCAUCCUUCAUCGUCAGGUGAUGGAGAAGGAAGGAGAAAGCAAGGAGCUGAAACGCCUGAUCCUGGCUGAGUCGGAGAAGAGCAAGAAGCUGGAGGAGAGGCUGCGGGUGCUGCAGACGGAGAUGGCCACCGCAGCCUCCCGUGCAGCUGAGAGGUGCUCACUGAUGAAGAUGGAGGUGCAGCGGUGCCAGGAAGAGAUGGAGAAGCAGCGGAUGACCAUCGAGGCCCUGAAGAGGGACCGCCAUUGCCAGAGCGAGCGGGAGGAUGAGUUGCGGCAGGAGGCAAAGGUCUGCCAGGACAAAUGCCUACAGAAGGAGCAGCUCCUGGCUGCCCUGCAGCAGGAGCUCGACAGCGCUCAGGCCAAGCGUGUCUCCCUGGAAAGCCGGCACCGCCAGGACCUGGAGCAGAGAGUAAAAGCCAUGUCCACACUGUAUGUUAGUUCACUAACCAAUAAGAGUUUUACCUUUCUGUACUUUCGCGUAUCGGUCUAUAAAAGAAGUUCUGAGGUAAUAAACCUUAAGCUCUCCUGUUCAGUUCACAAGAGAGUCUGUGUUGUUCUUCUCGCUGUUCCCAAUAGAGCGACAGCACUGCAAGCCGAGCUAGCGCAGGCCAAGCUGGAGGUGGCUGAGGUGCCGUCACUGCGGGAGCAGUUGGCAGAACGGGACCGGGCCAUUCAGCGGCUGCAGGCUGAGGCAGCAGAGGCAGGGGCACAGCUGGCAGGGCUGCAAAAGGCCAAUGCUCGGCUGGCUGAAGAGAACCAGGGGCUCAGCAAGAGCCACAGUCAAGGGCAGCAGCAGCUUGAGGCGGAACUGGGCCAGGCCAGGGAGCGGCACAUGCAGGAGCUGGAGCAGCUGCGGGCAGCGUCUGAGAAGCUGGUGACCAGCAGCAGGCAGGAGGCUAAGGAGGCAGUACAGAAGCUGGAGGAUAUGAGAGCAGCAAAGCAGCAGCUCUGGAAGAGAAGAAGCAGCUCCUGGAAGAAAAGCAAAGACUGACAACUCAGGUAGGGGUUCCACUCCCAGCAGGAGGGCUGUGGGUGGGAGAGCCCUCCUGGAAAAAAGGAGGGUUUUUUUCUUCUGCACACCCCUGAAUCCAUGUCCUGCUCAGCACAGGGGCUGGGGUUGUGGCACACAUUUCUAGGUGUGAAAGAGACUGUCAUGUUGAGGUACUGGAGAGUUUCCAGAGAAGGGCAGUGAAGCUGGGGAAUGAUCUGGAGCACCAGACUGAUGAGCAGCAGCUAAGGGAGUUGGGGGGAGCUAAGCCUGGAGAAAAGGAGGCAGGGGGGACCAUCUCUCCCCUGGAAAGAUGAAAGGGUGAAACGGCUCCCUGGAAAGAGAGUGCAGCCAUAUGACUGGAACUGUACUGCAGAGCUGCAGCAGUAGAACCAGGCCCACUGCCCCCACCUGAAGACCAGCUACCCCCUAGAGAACAUGGUGGGGGCUGGGAGGGGGAGGUCAGACAGCCCUUUCUCCAGAACCAGGGUUCAGGAAGGGGGUCUGGGAACAGACAGUGCCCCUCAGCAACAUCCCCACAUCCCCUCAUGAGGAUGUGAAGAUGGGACUCAGAGGAGAUGCUGUGACAUGCCAGCACACAGCCCUCCCAGAUCAUCACCGCCGGCAGCAAGGCAGGCAGCCAGUGCAGCACCCAGGCCAGCAGCAUCACUACCCGGCAGCAGCGGAAGCGCCUCUCAGAGACCCACCAGGACCCUGACACCCCCCCAGUGAGCUCAGCUCAGUGCCCCAUCACAGCACCCUACUGGGAACAACAGGUGUUCCAGGUUUUGAGGGAGCUGCUGUGGCCCUGUGGGUAACACCCCCAAUGGCCACAUGUUCCCACUGAUCCUGGAUCCCAGUGCCCAGUGUUCCCAGCAUCCAGCAGUGGGUCUAGUACUCGUGAUGCUCCCAGUGCUGGGAGCCAAAGAGGCCAUUCCAGAGGCAAAGGGCUGAGCCUUCCCGCCUUCCCUGGGCACUGCUACCCUCUCUCCCAUCCCCUCCCUGCAGCCCCUCAGUUUCCUCAUUGGUGCCAGCCCCACAGCAGGGUGAGCCACGGAUGACAUUACUGGCUGGUCCCCUGUUUUGCAGUCCAAGAAAACAUGCUGCUUCCCAUGGCCCCAGACCACCCAGGACUGCAGUGAGCAGAGUGGCUCCCAGGUCAGUAGCGAGAGCAAGCAGCCAGCCCCAGCCACACAAUUAAGCUUCAGAGAGAAAAAAGAGGGAUCAGGAGGGACUACUCUGUCCUGCCCCUCCUCUGCAGCACAGAGGCAUAUCCUCAACCCCAGAGAGCUGGGGAAGUGCCUGUUGUGCCAGAUGGGUGCCCAGAGGAGCACUCCCACAACCUCCACCAGCAGCAGCACUGCCGAGUCCCCCAAGGACUAGAGAGAUACUGCCUGACCCCCUGGGCACACUUCUGAACUCAUGCUCACCCCAGUGCCCCCAACCCCUGCCUUGGGUUCAUAUAGGCCAUGGGGAAAAGCAGGGGGACAGUCCCUGCUGUCUCUGGGGUGCCAUGGCAACAGCAGGUUCCAGCAUGGGACCCUGGUCAUGUUCACAGUCCCUAACCUCCUGUCUUUGCUCUGUCCUUUCCAGCCCAGUCACACAAGGACAAACAACCCUGAGGUUUCCCCAAUGCCCACAUUGCUGGCUCUGCCCUGGCCCCCACCUGCACCCCCUUACUUCUCCCUGUCCCCCCAGGGCUCAGGAGCACUAAGGGGUGUUAUUGCUAGCUCCUCACAGAGGACACCAAUUGAUGGUGGACACACAACUGAUGCAAACAUCAGUUCCUUAUUAUCUUAAAAUCUCUUACAUCAUCUCUCUGUAAACUUCCCAUGGGCAGCUCCACACAACACCAACUCUUUCUUUCCCUCUUUCUACUGCCCAUAACUAGCCACACCACUCUUAUAACACCCAUCCUUAUGGGACAUAGCUGUGACCUGUUAAGGGCAAGGCUGCUUCCACUCUUUGGUAAUUAGUACAGAUGCAAUUCAUUAGUGGUGAGAUUUGCCUGCAGCGCUGUCUCUAUUCUAUUACAAUCUAUUGAGGAGGAACUGGUGGGACCACCCACAUGACUGCCUUGAAUAUCCCACAGACAACUGUGGGGGUGCCCUGGGCAUGACAAGGUCCCCUUGCCCUUCCUGCACCCAUCAUCACCCUAAACCCUUCCAGAACCCAAGGCAAGGGGAUGCACAAAGGUUGAGAGCUAAAAACACAGAGGGGUGCAGGGGCUGGCACUUUCUACUUGUAAAUAAAGUGUAUUUUUCAACUGCUCUGGGGGUCCUGGCUUCCUUCUCCUACAGUCUAUAUGCACUGGAACCCUUAUCAGGGCUUGAGGGGAGGAAAAGCAUGACCCCCUCAUUGUCCUGUCACCUUCCCCAUGAACUACACUGGGUGUCCCAAGGCAGGAUGCUCACCCAGGGAACCUGCUGUAGCACCAAGCAGUCAUAAUGCAGAUUCCUGUCUUUCUUCUUUUUCUCCUUUAACU